AGGAGGAAACACAACAGAAAGCUCUGGGAAGUCUCUCUCCCUCUCUCUCUGUCUGUUUGUGUUUUAGUUGUAUAAUGAAGAAGCGGCUGUGAGGAGGGUUUUAUUUUAACUCUGGGACAAUGAUUAGGACUCUGAGCACCGCGUCUUUUAAGGCUGUUUGCACCUCGCAGCCGAAACUGCUAAAGGACAUUAGGAGCAGACAGCUGCACAGUACGUACGAUGUGGCCAUUGUGGGAGCCGGGAUUGUGGGACUGGCUACGGCAAGAGAGCUCAUUCUGCGACACCCAACACUCAGCUUCAUCCUGCUGGAGAAAGAAAAAGAGCUUUCUGCACACCAGAGUGGGCACAACAGUGGAGUCAUUCACAGCGGGAUCUACUACACGCCGGGGUCGCUGAAGGCUCGUCUGUGUGUGCGUGGAGCCACUUUAGCCUACGAGUACUGCGAGAAGAAGGGACUCCCUUACAAGAAAUGUGGAAAGCUUAUCGUCGCUGUGGAGCAGGAGGAGAUACCCAGACUACAAGCUCUAUACGAGCGCGGCCUGAAGAACAACGUGCGGGACCUCAGUAUUGUCGAUGCGAAGGGAAUCCGAGAGCGAGAGCCGUACUGCAGGGGCAUAAUGGCCUUGGAUUCACCGUACACUGGCAUUGUGGACUGGAGGAUGGUGGCUCUCAGGUACGGCAAAGACUUUGAAGAGGCAGGCGGCACGGUGGUAACUGAAUAUGAGGUCAAUGACAUUUCCAUGGUCAACGAGAGCCAGGCUGGGAGCACUGAAGGAAUGAAAUAUCCAAUCGCAGUCAGAGACAAAAAGGGCAACGAGGUGCACUGCCGGUACGUCCUGACCUGUGGAGGCCUGUACUCAGACCGUCUGUCGCAGAUAUCUGGAUGCAGUCGGGAGCCACGGAUCGUGCCUUUCAGAGGAGACUAUUUGGUGCUGAAGCCAGAGAAACACUAUCUGGUCAAAGGAAAUAUCUAUCCGGUUCCUGACCCUCGUUUCCCCUUCCUCGGAGUUCACUUCACCCCGAGGAUGGAUGGAAGCGUUUGGCUCGGCCCCAACGCGGUACUAGCCUUCAAACGGGAGGGUUACAAAGUGUACGACUUCAACCCCCGAGACUUUAUAGACGCACUGUCCUUCAGAGGCCUUCAGAAGUUGGUGUUGAGGAACAUAACAUACGGAAUGGGAGAAAUGUAUAGAGGAGUUUUCAUUAGUGCACAAGUUAAACUCCUGCAGAGGUUCAUCCCUGAACUCUCGCUGAGUGACGUAAUGAGGGGUCCUGCAGGAGUUCGAGCUCAGGCUCUCGACCGGGACGGAAACCUCGUGGACGACUUUGUGUUUGACGGUGGGGUCGGGGAUGUGGGCAGUCGGGUGCUCCAUGUGCGUAACGCUCCCUCACCGGCAGCUACCUCGUCCCUCGCCAUCGCUGAAAUGAUUUCAGACGAGGUGGAGAGCCGCUUCUCGCUGUAGAGAAUCACGCAGGAAAAACAACAACAACCGAAUACCAAAUAAUGAAGCUUGAGGUCUUGGAGUGAAACUACCAUGUUGUCAGAAACUCUCACUACCUCAGCAUCACCAUCAAGCCAUUUUUAUUGCAGGUCACGCCUUAAUUUUGGAGGAGAAAGUACGAUAUCCUCGACAUAAUUACAUUUUUAAGGUUUCAUAGGAGGAAACAGGACUGAAAUGCAGUCGUGUGCUCUGCCUUUAUAAAAAAGAAGGCAGCGCUACACAGUAAAAGAACAUUUUAAAAAAUUGCAAUAACAUUUUUAGACUAAUUUAUUCACAAUGAAAACCCAACAGAGUUCUCCGCCCAUUAAUUGUGUUUAAAUUAAUCUAAAAGAACAAUACAUGAGAUGAUCUUUUUGAUGCUUUCUAACUUUUGUGCCACCUUUUUUUCCUGACUUUGCUUUGGACAACAUCCUGUAGACUACAUUUUAAAGUUGGUUUUAUUUUUUGUAGCUCUAUUUCUGGUUGUGAAAUAUGUUUACUGUAUCACAUUUUAAAGUCAAAUGUGUCUUGAUUCUUCUGCACUACAUCUGCACGCUAAACAAAGUACGCCAUGAGAUACUCUUAGUGAAAACUUUAGAAUAGAACAAAACUUUAAGCUCCAGUAAUAUAAUCAUCAGUGUGAAGCAGUCAAAUACAAAUACACUGUUUUAAAUGUGCAAUGAACUUUUAUUUAGGGAGAUCUUUAUUUUUUAAAUUGGAAGUGUUCUCAUUUUUGAGAAAAGCUUUAUGUAAAACGCACAAUAAUAGCUAUACAGAACGCAUAUUUUACAAGUUUUGGGCAUUUGACAGUUUUAUCUGCUAAAUCAAUUGUUAUUACUAUUUUUUACAAUU